AUAAGAUCUAGAAGUGAAUAUACAUUGUCUAUUGGUCCAUAUGAUUUUAAACCAGACUUUUGUUGUUACCGGAUGAUGUGUAUAUUGUAAUAAAUAUACGGUUUUAACUGCAAGACACUCUGAUUCGAUUUGUUCAGAAAACUGGAAAACAAAUAUCUCACGGAAUGCAAAUUUCCUACAUUUAAUGGUGGAGAAUGCGGGCAACUUGGAUUUAAGUCAGAAGGCAACUUUGAGUUAAGUCUGAAUUAUUACUGACUUAAUAUUUAAGUGUUCUGCUACAAACUACAAGAAGACAAGAAGAUAAGAAAAUCGCUGAAGAAAAGUUCCAAGUGUUCUCUGAAGAAAAGCUGUAGUACCCGGCUUGAAACAGGAGAAAAACAAGAGACUGAUUAACACAGCAGGAGUGCAUCCCAAAGAUUCUUUGUUUAAACAUCCCAGAUCUGAUGCGAAGACGGAGGUGAAGCAGGGUGAGAAAGUCGUUCGAACGCGGCAGAUGUUUAUGUUCAGUACUGAAGCAAGAAUUUGAAGAUAAAUAAUUGAGAUGGACAAUCCGGGUCCUUUUUAUCCACACUUUAUCAAGUAAUUUGUGACGACGUGCAGAUCGAAGAUUGCAUUUCGGAGGAUUCUCAAGAAUAACUACAUAUUCCAGAAAGAAUUCUUCUAUCAGAAAGUGGCCAUAUCUGUGGAACCAGAGUACUUAAUGGGUAUGUGUCUUGUUUUAAAUCAUAUGUAAAAAGUGCUCUCAUAUAUAUAUUGUUUGUUAAACAAAGUGUUUCAACUGUUUAAGUUAAUUAUGGAGUGGCUGCAAAGGAUUGCUGCCAGAUCUAAUAGAGAUCUUUCUGUAAAAGGUGUUAAUCCUGAAAGUAUAUGGGAUGAUUGUUUAUUGAAAUUAAUAGACGGAUUAAGUGAGAUAGAGCACAACAAUGUAUUUAAAAAGGAAAGUCAAAAAGUUGCAUUACUGGCAAAGAGUUUUUUGGAAACUAAUGAUGCAAUGAAUGAAUGGUGUCAACUUAAAAAGACCAGUAAUUGUUAUGUAUGUAGUACAACAAAACAAAAAAGGGAUGUUUUGUUAAAACAACUGAAAAAUGUAUGUGUUGUCACAAGGACUAGUUAUUUCCCUACCCCCCCCCAGCAAAACUGUGAAAUCUCCACAAAAGCUGUUAACAGAAGGGAGAUUGCCCCCAAGGCUCUCUUUUGAUAGUGACUUGGAAUCCACGUUAACUGAAACAAAAACUCAAAUAGAAAAUUCUCGGCAAUUGUUGAAAAGUUUUAGUAGGGAUCAAGAAAAUGAAGAUAUUAAUAUAAUGAAAGAAAUGCUUAGAAAUCAGACUGAUUUGUUAGAUAGAACCCAUAAAACCCUGUCUCACAUGUCUAAAGAAUUAGACAUAAAUGUUACUAAUUUUGACAAUUUGCAGAGACAGAUUACUAAUCUGGGUAGUGCUACAGAUAUUUUGUGGAAAGCUACAAAUCAGAAAGAUUUGGAUUUUACUUUGAAAGAGGAAAGUGAAAAUGAAAUAGCUCAAAGGUUAAGUUGUGAAAACGGGCAGGCGAGAAGUGAAAUAGAAAAUAAAUUGGGAAAUGUACAAGGAAAGGGUCAGUUGGAUAUUCUCAAAUUAGCUAAAUUGAUUAAGGAUUUGCCUAAAUAUGAUGAAAAGAGAGGACCUUUUUACAAUAUGAGUGUGUUUGAAGGUGAAAUGAAUAAAAGACAAUUUGAUGAUGUGGUAGCUACAAGAGGUCUUUUGAUCUGGCUGCCAACUUCAUUAAGUGAAUGGGUUAAAGUUAAACUCAUUGAUGUGUUGGAAGGGAAGUCAAGUGAAAAGCCCCGAGUUGAGUUGGAGGAAUUGUUUCCAAAUAAUACACAGAGAUUGCUAAUGGUGGUACAGUGUGCAACUGGUGUGGAGAAUUUUCAAUUUUCUACUCUUGAUUCAUUUAAAAUGGAGAAAAAUGAUGAUAUACGUGUUUGUGCUAAUUUGUGGAAUAAGGCAUGGAAUUUGAUUACUGAUACAGAACCAUCUGCUAUGUCUAAAGAACAACAUAAGCAGAGUGUUACUGAAUUUGUCUCUAGAAUAGCAGGGUUGCCAAAUGAGAUAAAAUUAAGAGCUUUUGAUUCACCCACAGUUGAUUUUGCUGCUACGGAAAUAAUGAAAUCUUUGCAAUUGUUGCAAAAGAAAAACACAGAAACAGCUAAGAUUUUUGCUUUCACAGACACAAUUUUCUCUAGGGAUACUUCAGCAGGUCUGGCCCCUAUUAACUAUGUGUCUCGUGAAGAAGGUAGAGGAAGAUAUGAAAAUAAUAAUCGAAAUGGUAAUUUUAGAGGGAGGUCUAUGAAUAAACCACAAAAUUACCAGGGUACUAGAAAUUAUUCGGCCCCAUCCCAAGAUAGAUAUUAUAGGGUUAGUCAGAAUAGUCCUAUGAUAUGCUAUAAAUGCAACCAAGAAGGUCAUGUUAGGAGAUAUUGUCCCAAAAAUGAAGAAAAAUCUUACACAGUGAAAGGGAAAGAAAAUGGCAUUGUGCCAGGCUAUAAGAAUCUACAGAGAGUGGCAGCUGUAGAAACCGAAAAUACAUCUUCAAACCCCCCUCAAAUAUCAAAUCCAUAUGAAGAGUGUAGACGGAUGUUAAAUGCCAUUGAAAUGAAGGUGGAAGCAGUCACAAGUCCACAAGUGAAUUCUGCUUACCACACCAAUAAAUAGGGAUGUGUAACCCCUAGUUGUUCUCUGGUCUAUCUCACUGAUAUUACUCUGGGUGAAGAUGGAAGGCCAUAUAUUUAUGGAACACUAGAGGGGAAUAUAACAGAGUUUUUAGUAGACACAGGAGCUGCAGUGUCUUUAACCAACAAAAGCUUGCCUUUAAAAAUUGAAGCACCAACAAUUUCCCUUCUAAGUUUUAAUGGAGCACAUGCCCAUGCAACUCUAUCCACUGAUAAUUACAUCAAAUUUGAAGGAGGUAAAAUAAAUUGUGACUUAUGGGUCGACCUCUCAUCCCACUGUACUAUUUUGGGGAUGGAUGUUAUCAAUGGAAAAAAGUUGUAUGUGGAUUUAUUGAAUUUGGUUUUGUGGCAAGCUCCAGGUGAGAGCAAAUCAGGUGGAGUGGUUAGACCUAAUGAUUUAGGAUGGUAUAGUCAUGUCAUGUCUGUAAAACAGGGUGAAGUGUCACCUUCUAUACAACAAGAUGAUGAUUUUGUAACCUAUCUUAAAGAAAAAUACCCCACAGUAUGGUCUAAAUCUAAACAAGAUUGUGGGAGAAUGAAUUUACAAGUUGUCAUUGAAGGACCAGACCCUCCUGCAGUAAAACAAUAUAAAAUUCCAAAAGAAUCAGAAGAAGGUGUGAGUCAAGUGAUAGAGGCAUUGGUAUCUCAAGGAG